AAAUGUAAAUGUAAUCCAUAUAAGUAAAGCGAGAAAGCAAAGAUGGCCGGUGCCACCGUCACCGGAUCUUUGCCUUAAAUAACGACUUUGUCUGCCAAAACUCUCUCUAUCUUUCUCUUCUCUCUUCAUCUUUCGCUUCGUUUCGCUUCUCUUCCUCAUCAUAAUUCAUUCAUACCUCUCUCUCUCUCUCUCUCUCUCUCUCUGUGAAUUCAAUUACAAAUCCUCAAAAGGCUAAAAAAGUUGGAGAGAGAAACGCACACACAGCAAUAAUUCACUUUUCUUUCCAAGUAUCUUCCUUCUUCGCUCCUUUAUUUCUCUCUUUCUUUAUUGCCAGCUCUGAACGCUCGUCCUUCCCAUACCCGUUUCUUAUCUCUCUCUCCUCCAACGCCUCUUAAUCAUACAUAGAGAUCCAUUUCAGUUGGCACUCUCUAUUCAAGAUCAUUGCUUCUGGAUAUUAUUGGGAUACUAGGACACAGUUUGAAAACGUAGAAGGCACUACUCUCUUCACUCUUGUUUGGAUGAGUGGAAUUUCCACAUAGCAGAGCAUAGGAAUCAAUAGGAUAUAUUUUCUGCCUUUGCAAACAGAAACUUUGGUAAAAAAGGAUCUCAGGCAAUGUCUAGUUCAGCAAAAGGUUUGGAUCCUGCAUUUCAGGGAGCUGGUCAAAGAGUAGGGACUGAAAUUUGGAGAAUUGAGAAUUUUCAGCCAGUUCCAUUGCCAAAAUCUGAACACGGAAAAUUCUACAGUGGUGAUUCUUAUGUGGUCUUGCAGACAACGCAAGGCAAAGGUGGUGCUUAUAUAUAUGACAUUCACUUCUGGAUUGGAAAAGAUACAAGUCAGGAUGAAGCUGGGACAGCAGCUAUCAAAACCAUUGAACUCGAUGCAACUCUUGGAGGACGUGCUGUGCAAAAUAGGGAAAUCCAGGGCCAUGAAUCUGACAAAUUUUUGUCAUACUUCAAACCUUGUAUUAUACCAUUGGAGCGAGGUGUUGCAUCUGGAUUUAAAAAGCCCGAGGAAGAAGAAUUUGAAACACGCUUAUAUAUCUGUAGGGGAAAACGAGUUGUCAGAAUGAAGCAGGUCCCUUUUGCACGAUCUUCACUGAACCAUGAUGAUGUAUUCAUAUUAGACACUGAGAAUAAAAUUUAUCAGUUCAAUGGUGCAAAUUCCAACAUCCAAGAAAGGGCCAAGGCUUUGGAAGUAAUCCAGUUUUUGAAAGAAAAGUAUCAUGAGGGGAAGUGUGAUGUUGCAAUUGUUGAUGAUGGGAAGUUGGAUACAGAGUCAGACUCAGGUGAAUUCUGGGUCCUCUUUGGUGGUUUUGCUCCAAUUGGCAAGAAAGUUGUUGCUGAAGAUGAUGUUAUUCCAGAGGUCACCCCUGCUAAACUGUAUAGCAUAACUGAUGGCUUGAAGAUUGUAGAAGGUGAACUAUCAAAAUCUUUGUUGGAAAACAACAAAUGCUAUCUACUGGACUGUGGUGCUGAGGUAUUUCUUUGGGUUGGCCGAGUAACACAAGUGGAGGAGAGAAAAACUGCCAUGCAAGCAGCUGAGGAGUUCCUUGCUAGUCAAAAUAGGCCGAAGUCAACACGUAUAACUCGACUUAUUCAAGGUUAUGAGACACAUUCAUUCAAGUCCAACUUCGACUCUUGGCCAUCAGGAUCUGCAGCUCCUGGUGCUGAGGAGGGAAGAGGAAAAGUAGCAGCUUUGUUGAAGCAACAAGGUGUUGGCGUGAAGGGAAUGACAAAGAGUGCUCCUGUAAAUGAGGAAGUCCCUCCUUUGCUUGAAGGAGGUGGAAAAAUGGAGGUAUGGCGCAUCAAUGGUAGUGCCAAAACUCCACUGCCCAAAGAAGAUAUUGGUAAAUUUUAUAGUGGAGAUUGCUACAUCAUCCUUUAUACCUACCACUCAGGUGAUAGGAAAGAAGAUUUAUUUUUGUGCUGUUGGUAUGGAAAUGAUAGCAUUGAGGAGGACCAGAAGACCGCAUCUCGAUUGGCCAAUACAAUGUCCAACACACUGAAGGGGAGACCUGUUCAGGGUCGCAUAUUUGAAGGUAAAGAGCCACCGCAGUUAAUUGCACUUUUUCAACCAAUGGUGGUCUUGAAGGGUGGCCUGAGCUCUGGCUACAAAAAAUUCAUAGAGGACAAAGGUUUGACUGAUGAAACUUACACUCCGGAUGGUAUUGCUCUAAUUCGGAUAUCUGGAACUUCUGUUCAUAACAAUAAAGCAGUCCAAGUUGAUGCGGUGGCAACAUCACUGAGCUCUACUGAGUGUUUCCUUCUUCAAUCUGGGUCUUCAGUUUUCACUUGGCAUGGAAAUCAGUGCACAUUUGAACAGCAACAGUUAGCUUCAAAAAUUGCAGAGUUUUUAAAGCCAGGAGUUACCUUGAAACAUGCCAAAGAAGGAACAGAGAUCUCAGCCUUCUGGUUUGCACUUGGAGGAAAACAAAACUACACCACCAAAAAGGUUCCUCCUGAAGUUGUCAGAGAUCCCCACUUGUUCACAUUUUCAUUCCAUAAAGGAAAGUUUCAGGUGGAGGAAAUUUUCAACUUCUCGCAAGAUGACCUAUUGACAGAGGAUGUGUUGAUACUUGACACACAUGCUGAAGUAUUUGUGUGGGUUGGUCAAUGUGUGGAUACCAAAGACAAGCAAAAUGCUUUUGAAAUUGGCGAGAAAUACAUAGAAUUGGCAGCUUCUCUGGAUGGGUUGUCUCCUAAGGUGCCACUGUUCAGAAUCACCGAAGGAAAUGAACCUUGCUUCUUCACAACAUACUUCUCAUGGGAUCAUCUAAAAGCUACUAUUCAAGGAAACUCAUUCCAAAAGAAGGUUUCGAUACUCUUUGGGAUUGGCAGUGCUGCAGAGGAAAAGUCCAAUGGGAAUUCUGGAGGACCAACACAAAGGGCUUCUGCUUUAGCUGCUUUAUCUUCUGCCUUUAAUCCAUCCUCUGGAAAAUCGGCCCUUAUGGACAAGUCCAAUGGAUCGAGUCAGGGAGGACCAAGGCAAAGAGCCGAAGCUUUGGCUGCUUUAACAUCUGCAUUUAAUCCAUCCUCUGGAACCAAACCCUCUCCUCCUAGGCCUUCUGCAGCAGGUCAAGGGUCACAAAGAGCUGCAGCAGUUGCUGCUCUUUCACAAGUUCUUACUGCUGAAAAGAAGAAGCACUCACCUGAUGCCUCUCCUACUCGAAGUCCUCCAUCAGAAACUAGCGCCCCUGACGCAAAAAGUGAAACCGCCUAUUCUGAGACAGAGGGGUCUCAGGAUGCAGCUGAGGAAGUUGUACCUGCAUCUGUCAGCAACACAGAGGAUCCAGAAGCAAACCAAGAGUCUGUGCAUGAUGGGAAUGGCAGUGAAAGUAGUCAAAGCACGUUCAGUUAUGAUCAACUGAAGGCUAAAUCUGACAAUCCAGUUACUGGGAUUGAUUUCAAGCGAAGAGAGGCCUAUUUGUCAGAGGAGGAGUUUCAGACUGUAUUUGGCACUACGAAAGAAGCCUUCUAUAAACUGCCCAAGUGGAAACAAGAAUUGCAGAAGAAGAAAUUCGAUCUAUUCUAGGGAUUGUGAUUUGCUAGAAUUGUCUGCUAUUUUUGCUUCCUAAGUUACAGUUCGUCAUUCAUUUUGAUUUGGGUUAUUGUGGUUUUACCCUACGCAAUGCCUGGAUUGCCAUCUAGCAUUUUGCUAUAUUCCCUUUGAUGAAUAUAGGACUUUGGAUAGUGUCGGUAUUGAUUGUGAUGCCGCCUGAAGAGUGAUUUUAUUUUAUUCUUUUUCUUUUUCAACUGCUGCUGCCUCUUGUAGUGAUCAAAUAUAUUUUGCUUUAUAGGCAGUAAGGAAGGUCAAAUUCUUUUAUUUGGUCAAUAUGUAUUUCAUCUUGUGUUAUUUGACUAUUUGUCUCUUAAUUUUAUUUUUAUUUUGCGUAAGGGGGUGUAUACGUAUCGAAUCUGUACUGUUUCAAAUACAAAGAAUGGUAAAUUUGUUUGUUGUUUUUCUA